CACUGGCUGCAGAAAGCUGAUAUUCAGUGGAAGACAUGAAGGGUAAGGCUGGUGCCGUGCACUGCGUGCUCGCUGCUCUAUGUGCAGUUCUGGCAGCAGCGAUGGCCCAGGGACCUCAAAUGGAGAUAUUUUCGGAUCCUGCUCAGGGACCUUCUCUGGAAGACGGUCUCCGCUCCCUCCGACCGCGCAUGACUCUGCUGCUCCGUGAAGGAAACCACGCACUUCACAGUACGAUAUUCGUGCGGGAUAUCGCAGGAGUCACCAUACGAGGCGACGGA